UCUCAGCGAGUGGCUUGUAGAUUGUAUGUAGUGCUAUAAGCCUCUUUCCUCAGCAUAUAUGCGCUGGUAGCUUAGUUGACCCGGCCGAAGAGCAGAAACGUACGACCCUGUAUAUAUCAUAGUCUAUUAUUAAAAUUUUGUGAGCGAAUAUGUCUCCCCUUACGCCCACUGACUUGCAGCGAAUAUUUGAGAAGCUGGAUAGGAACGGGGAUGGGUUGGUGAGCCUUGAAGAGCUGAAAUGGCUGCUGGACAAGAUAGGUCACGAGUUCAGCCCCGACGAGCUUGAGGGUCUGGUCGGAAAAAAGAACCUGGACUUGAAUGAAUUCUUGUUCUUCUGGGAGUCCAUAUCGAAGCAGAACAAUAACAGAGGAGAUGAAGAAGGCGAGGACGGAGCAGACGUGGAGAGCGACCUGGCAAAGGCGUUCAGGGUGUUUGACUUGGAUGGAGACGGCUUCAUCACCAGCCCAGAACUGGAGUGCGUGCUGAAGAGGCUCCACUUACGGGACUGCCCAAGUGCGAAGGACUGCUCCGCCAUGAUUUGCGCAUACGACACCAACUCGGAUGGUCGUCUUGACUUCCAGGAGUUCAAGAACAUGAUGCUCCUUACCUCUUCUUGAAGAUUGAUUCCUUAAUUUCCACUUGCAGUACUCGGUGUGCUUCUCAUACUCUUAAGAGUCUCUGAGGUAGUCUGCUUCAUGGUCUUGAUGAUUUUCUGCAUGAAUCGCAGCUCACAUACUAUAUCCAAAGCUGUUAUAAUCUGCGUGCGUGCGUGCGUGCGUGUGUAGACUUUUUGCAUCUGUGACUUGCAAUGGCAGCAAGACAAUAAUACCCAUGUUCUGCUAUUCAUGAUUUAUAUUUCUGUUGGUGAAUUUGAUAUGCCUAAUGGCCAAACUUUAUGUAGUUGAUGCAGCAGAGUUAUAUCGAUUUCUUGAGAGAAAUUAAUGAAACGUAUUGCUCUAAAUUAAA